CGAGGCCUCGCCCCCGGGAGGCGGCCGCGCGGGGGCCCCCGUGUGCUGCGGGGUGUGCCCCGGGCGGCGGCGGGUCGGGGGCGGUGCCCGAGCCGGGCGGGCGGGAGAAGGCGGGAGAGCCGGCGGGGUGCGAGGGCCAGCGGCGACGGACGCGGCAGCAUGAGUCAGCAGCGGCCGGCGCGGAAACUGCCCAGCCUGCUCGUGGACCCGGCGCAGGAGACGGUGCGCCGCCGCUGCCGAGACCCCAUCAACGUCGAGGGGCUGCUGCCAUCAAAAAUAAGAAUUAAUUUAGAAGAUAAUGUGCAAUAUGUGUCCAUGAGAAAAGCUCUUAAAGUGAAGAGACCUCGUUUUGAUGUGUCGCUGGUCUAUUUAACUCGGAAAUUCAUGGAUCUCGUCAGAUCUGCCCCUGGGGGCAUUCUCGACCUAAACAAGGUGGCGACCAAGCUGGGGGUGCGAAAGCGAAGAGUGUAUGACAUCACCAACGUCUUGGACGGCAUAGAGCUGGUCGAAAAGAAAUCCAAGAAUCAUAUCCGAUGGAUAGGGUCCGACCUGAACAGUUUUGGAGCAGUGCCCCAGCAAAAGAAGCUACAGGAAGAGCUUUCUGACUUGUCGGCGAUGGAGGACGCUCUGGAUGACUUGAUUAAAGACUGUGCUCAGCAGCUGUUUGAGCUAACGGAUGACAAAGAAAACGAAAGAUUAGCGUAUGUGACAUAUCAAGAUAUCCACAGUAUUCAGGCUUUUCAUGAGCAGAUUGUUAUUGCAGUGAAAGCGCCAGCAGAAACCAGAUUGGAUGUUCCAGCUCCCAGAGAGGACUCUAUUACAGUGCAUAUAAGGAGCACCAAGGGACCUAUUGAUGUUUAUUUAUGUGAAGUGGAGCAGGAUCACUCAAAUAAUAAAACAUCUGAAGGUGUGAAGGCCUCCUCUUCUGAAAGCAGACACCCAGAGCAGCCUGAUAAAGAGGAAAAUCCUUCACAGCCAGGUGAGGAGUUGCUUGAAGUGAGCACCUGAUCACAGUUCAGAGUUCCUGCCUUGGGUUUCCUUUGGAUGCCCCGAGUGGAUGAAUUAUGCGUCAGAUUUCAUUCUAGGAGCAAUAACUCAGCCGUGCCGUUUCUGCAUUCUCCGUCGCAGCGUUGGAGCCACUGGCAUCUUUGAGUGACCCGCUGCUUAGAUGACGUGGUAAUUAUGGUUCCCGCAUUUGGAAACAAACUCUCUCGUGCCUGUUCACUGCUUUCUGUCCGGGAGCCGGACCUUUAGCCUGCUGAAAUGACUGCAUCGCGGAGUAUCACUAAAGUAGACGGUUCUUCUUGGACUUGACCCUUUCCCUCGAAGAUCAUGUGUUAUUAUCACAAAAGAAAUUGCCUUAUACAGGCUCCUGCCUGCCGUCCGUGACUGUGGUGGUGGCUGAACACGUGCAGCUCGCUGUGAUGUCUUUGUAUAUAUCUGUAUAAUGUGUAGAUUGCUUAAGAGACAUCUAAAUGAAGCUUCACCAUUGUAUAGCCAAAAUAAUGUAUAUAAGGAGAGUAAGAAAUUCUCUAAUUUCUGUGGUAUCUAUAACUUAUUAGAAUCCUCUGCAGGAGGGUUAGAGGAGAAUUUUCCCCCCGAGACUUCUACAUGUAGAAGUACCCCAGAUGCGCGCUAUACUUUCAGCGUCCAUGGGCUAAAUCAGGAGGGUUCCCAGUGCUUAGAUUAGAUUCCAGGCUCUCUGCAGUUCUGUUUCCGAGCAGACUGGUGGCCUGCCUCAAGGGGGCAGAUACAGAGAUGUCGUCAGGUAACGACUUCAUUCACUGAAAGACGUGGAUUCAGUCACGGUGGAAAAUGGAAGCUAUUUUUACCUUUUUGCGAGCAGAUUUUGUAAUGAUGUUUCUGUAUGCAGCCUUUGCUUUUCGAAUGAGGUUUCUUUUACUUCCCCGGCCCUCUCUCCAGCUCUAGUCCCGCAUUGCCCUGGCUCUCUCUACCUCAUUGGGUAAGUCAUUUACCACUCUGUGCCUCGGUUUACUCAGUAGUUUACCAUUAGACUGUGAGCUCCUUGAGAGACUGUGUCUUAAUCAUUGUUAUACCCAGCGCCUUGCACCAUGCCUGGCACAUUGAAAAGUGCUCAAUAAAUGUUGAAA